UUAUCUGACCUUGCCGGUAUAUCGUGACAUCGACUCUCUCUCGGCACAGAUUAACCGAGCGUUAAUCGAAGUGGUACUACAAUUUACGGCAAAUUACAACGUGUGUAAUUGUUUAAUACGCUCUUUAAGCGAUAGUAAACAUUGUAGUCGAGUAAUUAUCGAAAUUCACUCAAAACCGUCAAAACAAUAUCAGCUGAAUAUCAAUCAGGCAGCGGAGUUGUGAAGUUAGUUGCUUUUCAACAACAUGGCUUCGAGAGAGGAAAAACUAGAAAUCAUCAAAAAGUCCAUCAGGAAUUACAACGAUUUCCCGAAAGAAGGCAUCAUGUUUUGGGAUAUUUUCUCGGUCCUGAAGGACCCGAAGGCGUUUCAGCUAUUAAAGGAAGUACUCAUAGAUACGGUUAAAGAAAUCCAGCCGGGUGUCGAUUGUGUAGUAGGAAUGGACGCGAGGGGGUUCAUAUUCGGCUCGUUUCUGGCCCUCGAGCUGCACGUGCCCUUCGUGCCCAUCAGGAAGAAAGGGAAAUUGCCCGGGUGCACCUUCAUGGCCUCUUACACCAAAGAAUACGGAGAAGACACGCUAGAAAUCCAAGUGGGAUCGAUCAAAAAGGGCCAAAAGGUGCUGGUAGUGGACGAUUUGAUAGCCACGGGCGGUACCCUGGCGUGCGCCAGCCAACUACUCAGACAAUGCGGCGCAGAAGAUAUAGUUUAUUUAGCUGUAAUGGAGUUGGAGCAGCUCAAAGGGCGGCAGCUCAUCUCCGAUAGUAAGUGCAUCUCUCUGAUUCAAUUGUAAAUAAAUUUUUAUUAAACUUCGUUUUUAACAAUAAAGCGGUUGUUGUUAGUGCAUCACCAAUCGGUGCUGCCUCCGGUGGUGCUCGAUGUGAACCU